AUGAAUCAGAUUCAAAUUUUUUGUUUUUAUUACCUUCACUUUUACGACUAUAUACCGACAAAGACAGAUACUAGAGUACUUUUCAAACCGCCAAAAACGGUGAAGGUGACAAUUAUCAAAGAAUGUAUAGAUGGUUUAGGCUAUUUGGCAUCUGUGAGAUAUACAGAGGACGCUGAUGGAGUCGAUAUAGUAGUGGGACAUAAGGACAUGGAGGAAUAUAACUGGGCCUUGGGUGAGGUAUUUGAGUGCGUCAACGGGUUAUACAAUGUGAGUGGUCUCAGUGCAGGUAGUUAUACAUUGCUAGUCAAGAGUAACGGUUCACCCUAUGACGGUACGCGGCAUGACCCGUCAAUAUUCAGACUGUUGCCUACGUAUGAGGAAGCGGAGGCGAAAGCGAGGAACAAUUUAAAUGAUUACGAAGCCAUCGACACCCCCAGUAACGUGAUAGGUAAUACCUCAUUGAGUGGUAUUCAGGGGGUGAUUGACCGGACGUUCCAUGUAAACCUAGAUGUUACGUUACAGGAAAAUGAAUGUUGGAAUGUGGGUACCGAAGUUUGA